UCUUCCGCCUCCUUCCUACCUCCAUGGCUCCACCCAGUCCUCCUCCUCUUCCCCAUAUAUAGGGCCUCUCCUCCGCCCGUGCUUCUCUCUCCCUCCAUCUCUCUCUCUCUUUCAUUGCCGCCUCUCUCUCUCUCUUUCUCCACCACGCUAUUAACAACGGCUAACUCGUGCGCCGCGAUACGGCCGCAAAAGGCUUAACCGCGUGCCUCGGGGCCCAAGGGAUCGAGGAGAGAAGAGGUUUGCACUUCGGGACGAGACGCCAUGGACGCGCUGAGGUUUCUGGGCGGCGUCCGGCCCGCGGCGCCGCCACCGCAGCCUCCGGUCGCGCCCGCCUCGGUGGCGCCGCCGCCCGUACAGCGGCAGCAGCCGCGUGCCGCGUUGCCGAGGCUGUGGCCGCGCGGCGAGAGGGCGGGCGCCGCCGCGCCCGCGGGCGGGCAAGUACGCGGCGAGGAAGCGGGGACGAGGCCCGAGGCGGAGGAGCGGAAGCAGGGCAACUGGGUGCUGCAGAUGCUGCGGGUGCAGCCGAGGUGGGUGGAUGAGGCGGACGCGGAGGCCGGCGGCGGCGGAGACGGAGGACGGGUAUCCGAAGAGGCGCCGGGCGUCGCGGGAGGCGAGAGGUGCGCGUCGUGCGGCGGUGGCGGCGAGGAGGAAGGGUGCCCCGUGGGGGCGGACGAGGGCGACGGCGAGGUGUUCGACCGCGCGUCCUUCUCGAGGCUCCUGCGGAAGGUGUCCAUCGGGGAGGCCAAGGAGUACUCCAGGAUGUCCUACCUCUGCAACAUCGCCUACAUGAUCCCCAGGAUUCAGCCAAAAUGUCUCCGCCGGUACAGCUUGCACUUUGUGACCUCAUCAGUGCAAGAGAAGGAGAGAACUAAUCCUGAUCAGCAGAAGGAGCAGAGCACAGAGAGAGGUGAAUCUCCAGAUCAAAAAUCCGAAGUUGUCAAGAAUGUCGCGCUGGGAAUCGAGGAGAAAGGAAAUGGACCAGGCAUAAACCCCUUCGGUGCAUACCAAAUCAUGUCGUCUGCUGCCUCAUACUUACAAUCCCAGGCCAUGGGCAUCAAUCCCUUCCGUUCCAGGAGUGAUGGUAAGAAUGAUCCAACCAUCAUGGCCAUUAUGAAUGGUGAAGACGGUGAAGGUUUAACCUUGGACGAAGCCUCAUUUGUGGCCACGACAAAUUCGGUAACUUCCAUGGUUUCUGCGAAAGAAGAAACAAGACAAGCUGUUGCAGAUGAUUUGAAUUCUUCACGAUCCUGUCCCUGUGAAUGGUUUAUUUGCGAUGAUGAUCAAGGCAGUACAAGAUACUUCGUAGUGCAGGGCUCAGAGUCGAUCGCUUCUUGGCAGGCCAACCUACUAUUUGAACCCGUCAAAUUUGAGGGGCUUGAUGUGCUCGUUCACAGGGGAAUAUACGAGGCUGCCAAAGGAAUAUAUCACCAAAUGUUGCCGUUUAUCAAAUCUCACUUGAAAAGUUACGGUAAAUCUGCAGCAUUGCGAUUUACUGGUCAUUCUCUUGGUGGGAGUCUGGCUUUGCUUGUGAAUCUUAUGUUAUUGAUGAGAGGAGAGGCACCGACUUCAUCAUUGUUGCCUGUUAUAACAUUUGGUGCGCCAUGCAUCAUGUGCGGCGGUGACCACUUGCUUCGUAAACUUGGAUUGCCGAAAAGUCAUGUGCAAUCAAUCACAAUGCAUCGGGAUAUUGUUCCUCGGGUAUUUUCAUGCAACUACCCUGACCAUGUCGCUAACAUUCUGAAGCUCGCCAAUGGAAAUUUCCGCAGUCACCCGUGCCUUACAAACCAGAAACUCUUGUACGCCCCAAUGGGGGAAGUCCUUAUCUUGCAGCCAGACAAGAGGCUAUCCCCACACCACCACCUCCUCCCGGAGGACAGCGGCAUCUACCACCUGGGCGACUCAUCGGCGGCAGCUGGCAUCUCCCUGCGGCAGCUCCAGUCCGCCAUGUCGGCCUUCUUCAAUUCCCCGCACCCGCUGGAGAUCCUCAAGGAUGGCGGCGCCUAUGGGCCCAAGGGUUCCGUGUACCGGGACCAUGACGUGAACUCGUACCUCCGGUCUGUCCGCGGCGUGGUCCGCAAGGAGGCACGGCGGCUCCGGGAGGCUGAGCGGGAGCGGUGGGGGCUCCUCCUGUGGUGGCCACUUGCCGUGCACGGCGUCCUGACCAACGGCUUCAGCGGCAGUGGGCUGCACGGCGUCGGCGAGGUCGCGUACGCCGUGGCGCGGCGUCUCCAGAGGCAUGCGCGGAUGGUGGUGCUGUUCCUGCUGCCGGCGAAGCUGCUCGUCCUGGGCGCUCUCCUGGCCGUCAGAUUGAAGUGGUAGAUGAUUAAUUUACGUCCGUCCCCCCGUUCGUUUGUUCGUUCACGAUUCUUUUGUCCGAGUUAGCGUGGUCAGAAUGCUCGGAUGAGGUUCCAUCUGGGCAAAAUGUGUGUAUACCUCUGACUGAAUCACAGAUUAGAUCAAAGUCCCUAGCAACAUGCAGCUCAAAAUAGCAUCAUCUUAUCGUUGU